UAUCACUAAACAGGAUAAAAUUGCAAAUUAAUGAUAAUAAGCUAAGAAUUUAUUCAUUAAUUCAGCAUCAACUCCGUAACAUGUACAAUAACUUCCGAGCCAGAGGUAUCAAUUUCAUUUCUCAGUAACAUUACUGUCGCCUUUAAAAAAUAUUGCCCUAUUAACAUUAGCGUUAACAUCCUAGAAGAGAUAUAACAGGAAACUCGAAGCCUUGCUUUCGUUCUUUCCUCGUUAUUACGACUGCGGAGUGGAAGACGCCGGCAGCAUUCAAUUUCCAGCCGUCGGAUUCAAUCGACGACCAAGGUCAUCGCAACUAUGUUGCGACGAUUACACUGAUACGGCGAUUAGAUAAUAGACGCCGCGCGGGACGGCUUACGUAUCGUCAGAAACUAACAUUCUUUGCCGACUCACGCUUGUUUACCUUCUGUAAGUGCAUACAACCACCAGCAGACAGUAUACAUAUAUUUAUACAUGCGUGCAUAUGAUCGAUCGACCUUGUCACCUUGUUAUCCGACUCCUCGUUCGCGAUUAACGACUGCACCAGUCGUGCAAAGUCGUCACGUGAUGUGAAUUAAUUGAAAUCCAAUAUUUUUGCGGGAGGAGGAUCGUGGCGAUCGCUCUUCCUCGUAUUACGGAAAGUGCAUUAAUCGCCUUUUCCAUAAAUAGAUCGGCCGUUUCUCCCGGUGCUAUCGCUCGCGAUAUGCAAUUUCCUACGCGUUCGUGUAACGUUAACCAAUACUUUCGCGCAUACCGCUUCCGUGUUUUUUAAUAAAUGAUGAAUAAAACAGGAUGCACGUACGUGUCGAGCGCGUCAUGUCGUAAUCCCAGGCGCAUAUUCAUACAUGUUCUAUCUAUAUUGCGUGUCAUGUACAAAAUUCAUGAGCGAUGUGCGAUACAUAAGAUCAGCGAUUUGUUGCAACAAUAUAAGAUGACGUAUUCAUCAACAAAACAUCAAAAUUUAAUUUUUUGGCAUCGUUCUUAAACGAUUCUUUAAUCAAUUUUAGUAAAGAGGGAGAGAGAGAAAAAUAAAACGAUAGAAAAUAAGAUGUUUAGAGAGAUAUUUAGGUCGAUAAUAAUAAUCGAUAAGUUAUAAUUUAUGCGACUGGCGAGAAUGCAUUUUCUUCAACAUUCGUUAUGGCGCAUAAUGUCAGCCUUGUUCAUUACUUUUUUUUUUCCCGUUGGAUGUUCUUUCAUUGGAUGCGCGAUAAUCAACGGCUCACAUUUUGCAUAACACGACAUCGAUGAUUUAAGAGUUGCAAACCUAACCUGACCACUCUCGCUUUCUCAUACAUUCAACACAACCACGUGCGUGAAUGUGUAAUACGUGUAUAAUACAUGUAUACAUAUAUUACGACGCAUGUUCCGCGAAAGCUGCGCGGAGAAUCCAGUUUCCCCGUCAGGAUUUAAAACCAGUUUUUGCUGGACGAUUCAAUGGUGAACCGCUAAAACGCUUUUAAUAUAUUUGCAGGUACAACGACGAUACCGGACAACGCGAUGCUUCAACGUAAUGGAGUGAUCGAUUGCUCGGUGAACAAUGUUAAUGAAGUCGCGUGUUUGUAAAAUGAAGAAAUUUACGAGGAAACUGCGAAGUGCAGUCACUCGGUCGAGGUCGCUGUGACUCGCACGCGCGACAGCAGAUGAUGACUAAUCAUCUCUCUCCCCGGAAAUCCAUCGUCGUCCCAUCGUCAUCAUUGUUCCCGUCGGAGAAUGUGCACGCUCGUUCGUAUUCCGUCCGCUCAAAAUAUCCGUCGCGUCUCGAGACACUCGACCUGCCAGUCCUGCCUCGCGGAUGCAUUCACGGACCACGUGGUCGCGUACGACGCAUGCGCGGCACGUGUGCCCGAGCCUAACCUCACGAGCUCGCGCCGUCUCCGCCGUGAUCCACGGCCGUCGUGCUCUCAGGAUCGCGUUUUCGACUCGCACGUGUUCUCCGCUGCAUCCCGAGCGAACGAGUACGAGUGCACCGCGUGCAGUCCCGCGCGCGUGAUCGCGCGACUAAGUAUUUGACGAACGUAUGACUCCGCAGGGAGGGAAGGGGAAUUACCCGUAGUGUACCGAGGCGGGGGAACGGGUGACCACCGAGCCUCCUCGACUCCGAUGCGGCCCCAUUAAUAAACGAUCGACGCGCGCGAUCGCGUGUCAGCGUGCUCGCCGCGAUUCGUCUGCACGGACCGUUAACGCGACGCAUCUUUCUGGGUACUGUCGUCACGCCGGCAGUAUUCUCGGGCGGCGAAACGUGCGAACGUCGAAUCGGGCAGCGCAGGGUGUUCUGCGGCCAGUGCACGAGGCAAGGCCAGUGUGAGAGAGUGAGAGGAACGACAGGAAACGAACGAGAGAAAGAGAGAGGACUGCGCGCGACGCUGUGACGACGAACUGAGCACGCUCACGCUGUCGGGCGAGUACACGCUUUCUCGUGAUCAUGAAUAAAGACGUCUACGAGAGCCUGCCGACCAACUCCGUGGCCGUGCACAUGACGGCCGGCGCCCUGGCCGGGAUCAUGGAGCAUUGCGUCAUGUAUCCGUUUGACAGUGUCAAGACAAGAAUGCAGGCGUUAACUCCUGGUCCAGGCGGAGGAGGAGGCGUGGGGGAGGUACUAUACAAAAUGAUACGACAAGAAGGUGUAUUAAGGCCAAUUAGAGGUGUCAGUGCAGUGGUUGUUGGGGCUGGACCUGCGCAUGCUUUAUACUUUUCUUGUUACGAGUGUCUCAAAGAAAAGUUCAAGACUACGAGGUCCCAAUUUAAUCAUCUCGUCUACGGGGCAGCUGGUUGCGUAGCAACAGUUCUGCACGAUGGUGUCAUGAACCCAGCGGAAGUGGUUAAACAACGAUUGCAGAUGUACAACUCCCCUUAUAGAAAUGUAUUGAAUUGUAUACAGCGUGUCUACCAGAAGGAGGGGAUAUUCGCAUUCUACAGGAGCUAUACGACUCAAUUGGCCAUGAAUGUGCCUUUUCAAAGUAUUCAUUUCAUCUCUUACGAGUUCGCACAAUCGAUUACAAAUCCAGAACACGUUUACAAUCCAAUAGCACAUAUCGGAUCUGGUGCGGCAGCAGGUGCGAUCGCGGCUGCAGUGACAACUCCUCUGGAUGUUUGCAAGACAGUGUUGAACACGCAGCAGGACGGCGUGCAUGCGCAAGGCAUGAUAGAUGCAAUUAAGCAAGUGUACAGGCUCGGUGGUGUACAGGGAUACUUCCGCGGAUUGCGCGCACGUGUACUAUUCCAAGCGCCAGCUACUGCCAUUUGUUGGGUGAUAUACGAGUCAUUCAAGUACGUACUACGCGGUAAGCAAGAUGACGAGUACAAUGGCAUCGAGGUUGACAACAGCGCGACCGGAAUUAACCAGAAUGCAAUCGCGUCGAGGCAGUCCAACAGUUUUCAGGGUGCAGGUCUGUACUUUAAUAAUCAUCCUCCGGCACCUGUAUUACUCAAAGUGACUACGAGUUAGAUAUGUAAGAAAUCAGAUUAACGGUGACUCGAAAGAUCGGGAGCUGUUAUGUUUUGUUAUGUGCAGAAAUCACAAGAUGUCGAUCUUGACUUUGUUUAUGACUGUGUCUUUUAGAAGAUUAUGAGAUCGACAAUAAAAUAUUUCAUUAAUUUGUCUAUAAUUACAACGGUACAUCUAUGUACAUAAAAAAACGAAACGUGCGAAUUGUAAGAAAUACGUAAGAAAUCGACGCUAAAGAAUAAUGCUCAUGCAGCGAGCAAGAUAUGUGUGCAAACUCCUCAAAUUGAUAUGAGCCAAUAAGCUUUUUAAAUGAUUGUUACAUUGUAUAACACGGUUUUGGCAUAAUGGCGUUAGUAAUAUAUUUUUAUUUUAUUUCUUGAUUCUUUGUUAUCAAACGAAAACACGGUUAAUUUUGAAAAAUCAGAAUUGCAGAUGUAAGGGAAGACGCUAUUUCUCUUUACGCUUCAUAUUAUUACAUCCUAUGCCUAAGGUAUAAUAUAUUUUUUGUUGUAUACAUGAAAUCUCUGUAUGAAGAUACUUGUUUCAGAGAAUAAUGAUUAUUAAUUAGCAAUACUGAAUUUGAAAAUUAUGAAAUAAUCAUAAAUCAAUGGUACACAGCUGGCUGUCAUUCAAUAUGUACAGUAGAAACAAGAUGCUAUUAUCUAUUGAUACUGUUCAGAUGGAGUGUCACGUUUUGCAAAAUGCCUCAUUUGAAUAUAACAAAAUUAGUUAUAUUUAUUUUCUGUCCAAAUUGCGCAUCUUUAAUUUAUUCAGAUGUAAGCUAAACUUCGAUAUACUUUGCACAAUUUGUAUAUAUCUACUUUAGAAAAAGAAAUUUGCAUGUUUUUUUAAUAAUUUGUUUAAUAAAGAAGAUAUUGAUCAAGCUAACAUUUAUUACCUGAAUAAUAUCAAGUAGAUUUGCACUGUACAGACGAAAUUGCGUUUAAUUAGCAAAUAGAACAAAUGCCGUUGAUAACAUGACACAGAAAAUGCUGUGCUACUUUGUAGAUAUUUUGACAGGUCUAGAAAUUCAAUGUCUUUAAAGAGAAAGGAAAGAUAUGCUCCACUUGAAUAGUGAAAAUAGAUUGCACACACAGCGUGAUUAAAUGCAGCCCACUCCAAUAUGUACCAUUAAGUAAGUUAAGGAAACAGUGGGACGCAUGUAAGAACUUCAUCGAUAAUAGACUAUACUUUAGAGCAGAAUUAAGUGCGCAUAAUUGCCGUUUAUGCAGGAUAAUUUGGUAUAAAUGCAAACAUGCAAAAUUACUCGAAGCAAAACCAUUAUUAAAUUACCACUCGCGCCAUUGAUAAUCAUGAUCAAACGCUAUAAAAUCACUCGGUAUAUUCGACAUUCACAAGUGAUUGGGACGAGCUGAUAAAAUUCUGAUUUGGUACAAAAUAUAACAUAAUUGGAAUAUAACAGGGCAUAACUUUGUGUUCAAAUUGUAGAUACAUGCCAAUCAAAGCGAAUUAAACUCAUUAACAUAGGAUAUAAUUGGCUACUACUAAAACUUAGAGAAACUAUAACGGUGUAAAGGUGUAAUUAUUUUAUAGGAGACUGUAGAUAAAACUAAGAUUACAUAUGUACAGUAUAAAAACAAGGAAAACCAGCGUAGAGAAAAAUGAAACUAUUAUUUGUACAAGUACGAUUCCUCUUGAUUACUCAAGUACAAAUGAUAAAAUGCUCCUUAGUCACUUUGUAAUAUAAAUAAAAUAUGUAUCUAAACGUUACGAUAUAUACCACAAUAUUGCUUCCUAUGGCUGUGAUUACUGGGUCAUUUGAUGUUGACUUUAAGAGGGAGUAAUAUCAUGUAAAACUCAUUUCACGCCAUAUUUAUUUAUUGUUACAAUUUUGUAAUGCCAUACAUCGUUAUUGAAUAAAUCGUUUGAUGUUAUUGGGGCACACACAGUAUUCGUACGUGAAAAUAUAUACGUGAGAUGCGGGCAACAGCUGAUUGACUUUAACUUUGCGUCAAAUGCGUGUUUCAAUUGUAAUUAUUUCAAAAAUUGCGAAAACCAGUUUUCUUUCGGGACGCACGUGUUUGGAUGCACACGUUGGACGUUCACGUAUUUUGCAUAUUUAAAUUUAAGCGUUAAGCAAUUUCCAGAUUGUAGUACAUUCUGUGGAAUUUACAAUACACUUAAAAACAUUUCAUUUAUCCUUUUUAUUAUGACCUAUCAGACUUUACAUUAAACGUUUAAAAUCGUAAAAGUGCUUCUUUUAAAUCUCGAGUAAAUGUUUAUUUCUCAGGUGUUACGUGAUACUAAUACUGUACAUAACAUACCAUUUUCCAAUAUAUUUUUGAAAUUUGUUACUAUGUAGGUAUAUAAUUCAUGACCAUAUAUUAUUACAUCGAUCAAUCAAAUUCCUGUUUUACAAAUUGGCACUUAAAAAACAAAAAAAAACAAGUUGUACAUAGUCAUAUGCUCCCACUGGUAUUAUCAUAAAGAACUAUGAAUAAAUGUAGUACAUAAUUAAAUGCAUAUUGAAUUUAUGUAACACAGUAAAACGUAUUACACAUGAUAACAAUGUAAAUAAACUAUUCUAUAAACUA